AUGGCUCCCUCAGUCGAUCCUACCAAGGUCAUCUUCUACCAGAAGAAGAACUUCGAAGGCUCCGGCGACACUUACGCCGUAGGCCAAGACGUCUCAGUCCCUGGCUCUCUUAACGACAAGUACUUCUCCGUGGCCGUCGGCGCCUCUGCAAAGGUCAUUGCCUGGCAGCACUACAACGAAACAGGCCACUACCGGGAAUGGACAACAUCCCAGGCUGACAUCUCGGACAUUGGCGGUUUGUCUCGCUUCCGGGUGGUCGACGACGACACCCGCGCCGUCUCUUUCCUGUUCAAAGACGCCACGGGAGGGGCGGACAAGCAGUACAGCUUGAAGGUGGAUGCGAGGGACGUCGGGACCGUGCUGCUUUACAGUAAUGAUGGAGACGAGUAUGGGCUGGUCGGGAUUAUGCCAGAGGGAGGACCGCCGGUUACGGCGGCGGUGUAUGUGAGGGAUGAGCAUUCCGGGGUUUAUAUUGCUGUGGGAUCGGUGUAUUUUGAGUGGAACAAGGACAACAACGAGGUGGAUGUGGUGGAGAAUGAGAAUUGGCCGAAGCAGUUGAAGUCGAAGAGGACGGGGAAGAGUAGCUUCGAGGUCACCUUGGUUGACAAUAAGCCGUCGGAGUGA